AUGGCCACGCGUGCGCAAACACAGUACAACCCCCAGCCCGCCUUUGAACCAGAGUCCUUCGCCUCGUCCCCGCAGCGCCAGACCCGCGGUGGCAACGGCGCCAACCCACGUUAUCGUCGUCCUCGCUCGCCCCUCCUCGACCACCAGGGCGAAGUCCAUUUCUACAGCGGCAGCGACGAGCCGCCGUCGCCCUCGAGAGCGAGUCCCAAGCGCGGAUCUGCGCCGCAACGCAGCAGCGGCCGCCCCUCGUCCAUGGCCGCCGUCGACGCUAUGCAAGCCCGUGCCAAACACGCUAGUCUCCCCUCCCAUGACGACGCGCGCUCCGAUGCCCGGUCCCCCGCGAUGCCGCGUCGCGCGAGCGUCAGCCGUCGCACGUCUGCUUCUGGUGGUGCUGCCCCAGCCCCCACGGGCUACGGUGGCCCUCCUCCCGGACCCGGCCAGCAGAUCCCCAACGGGUCCCCGCGCGGGCCCUCCCACGGCGGCUCCCCCCGCACAAACGCCCCCGACGGCCGCCGCAGCCCACCUCUGCCGUCGCAGCAGCAGCAGCACCUUUCGGCCCCCGCCCUGCAGCAGGCUUCGGAAAUCUCCCGCCUCAGCAGCCCCGGCAUCAACCAGAGCGUCCUGCAGCCCCUUGAGAAGAAGAUGAAGGAGUACCGCGCCCUCUUGGCCGACGCCGAAGCCGACAUGGCGCAGCUCGACGACGAGCUGCGCAUCCUCACCGAGCGCCGCCGCCAGGCCGAGGACCGCUUUGUUGACGCCCGCGGUCGCCACGACGACUAUGAGCGCCAGCACGCCGAUGUUGAGAGGGCGCUGCGCGGUGAUUUCUCGGCGGCGGCGCCGGGGCAGCUCGCAUCCCAGCAAACGCUGCAGAGGGGCGAGCCGCAGCAGGUGACCAUCCAGCCGGGCCCGCAGGGCCGUCCACUGGGGCCGUCGCAGCAGCAGUCAUGGACCAUGGCGAGGGCACCGAGCAUGGACAGCUUCGAUGACCGGCCAGGGACGGGGCAGAGCUUGGCGAGUCGGCAGCCGAAGAAGAGGGGGAACCGGUUUGGGAUCAAGCUGUGGUAG